CAGUCGAGUGGAAAAGAUGGCCGAGCCAACUCAUCCUCACCAGUUUUGCGUUUGACAUUUGACUUAAAUCAACAAAAGAAACGGAGAAAUCAUAUACAUGAAGUUUGGGACUGCGGUGCUUCGGGCUUCUUUUCAAGUAGGAGGAGAUUAGCAUCGAAGCCAGCAACAUGAGUGGGGCUGGCAGCAGUGAUAGCGGCCUGGACUUGUCCGGCAAACUGAUUAUCAAGGCUCAGCUGGGCGAUGACAUCAGACGAAUUCCAAUUCAUAAUGAGGACAUGACGUAUGACGAGUUGAUCCUCAUGAUGCAGAGGGUAUUCAGGUGUUCAUUGGACCCAGAAGAUGAAAUCACCCUUAAAUAUAAGGAUGAAGACGGAGAUUUGGUGACUAUCUUCGACACAUCAGAUCUAUCGUUUGCCAUCCAGUGCAGCCGCAUUUUACGACUAACCAUUUUGCUCUCGGGCAGUUCAAAAUCAAAACCACGGCGACCUGAUAUGACAACAUAUGCCAUCAAGAAAGAACUCCAAGAGAUUCGAAAUCGUCUAACAUCAUUGAUUGAUGGUCUAGAAGUUCCUCUACCCACUACUGUUCCUGUUGCAGAUGCAGAUGCGAGUGGUAAUACCGCUGGAGGUACAGCUGCUGCAGCUACCCCUUCAAAUAUGCAAUUGAAUGUCAAUUCUAGGGAAUUUGAUCCUCUCCAACAGCAACAACCCCAACAGCAGGUGGCCCAGCAGCCAACACACCUCGGCCCUGGGGCGACACAAGCUCCACCAGCAGCCGGCACUCCGGCACCUGCUUCAUCUACGUCUGCCCCAAGUGAAGUUCCAACAAAAUGCGAUGAAAGUAGUGCAUACCAAGAAGUGCUCUCUUCGUUUGGUCUUACAGAAGGCACAGAUGCUUCAGGAACAUCGACCACUGCUGCAGCUGGUAAUGUUGAUGGAGCCUCAAGUGCUUCGGGCAAGUCAACUCCAGCUGCGUAUCCACAGCAACCAACACAGCCCCAGCAGCAGCAGCAGCAGGCACCACAGCAACCCCAACAGCAGCCUCAUCCUGGUUAUCAGGGGUACCCUCCAACAGCUGGAGUGCCAGUUCCUCAGCGGGGUCCCUAUAUGGCCUACCCAGGGCAACCAUAUGGAACAUCUCCAGGUGAUGGGUCUGCCGGUGGCGCUCCGAGGGGGAGCAUGCCCCCCACCAGCAUCCCAGCUGGAUCCACAUCGGUAUCAAUGGGUGCAGGACCGGUGCAGGCUGGUCAACAACCACAGCAUUACCCAGCUUAUGGGUAUCCCCAGUACCCAGGAUUUGGCGUGAGUGGGAGUCCUGGUGCUGGCUUCCCUCAAGCAUACCCAGGUCAGCCUUAUCCUGGAAAUUUCAGCCAAGCUGGACCCCGAGGCGGGGCCCCCUCACAAGUGGCAGUGUCCCAGUCCUCGCAGGUUCCAGCUGGACCACAGUCAGCAGUCAAUAGGUACCCUGGUCAGCCCGCUUCAAACUUCCAGCCAUGGCCACAGUAAACUUUUUAGCAUUUUUGUUUUUGGUAAGCAUCAGAGGCAAAACUAAUUUUAUCAGCAUUAAAGUAUGUUGUAUGAAGGUCAACAUACAGCAGACAGGAAAUACGUAAACUAGAUUCCUACUUUCAAAUUAUAUGAGAAAAUGUUAACUCCUAUAAAUUGUAGAAAAGUUUAUUAGUUUCAUUACUUACUAAUUAUAUUAGUUAUCAAAUUUUUUUUUACCAAGAUUUUAAAAUAGUCAAACUUAACCUUUACCAGGAUUUUUUUUUUCUGAUUCUGCUUUAAAAAACUUGAUGACAAGUAGACUCCCAAGUAGCGCUCCAUACUUAUGUCUUCCCGGCAGUUAUUGUGUAGUCCCAAAUGCUCCAGUACGUAUAUGGUAUUGAAGUGAUGCAGUACAUAUUUUUUCCACUUUUUCAAGUGCAUUGUUUAUUAUUCUUGCAUUUCGUCCUGUGUCUGUUUUAAUCUAGCAUUUCAUUUUAAUGUUACCAUUCCUGUUGUGGCCUUAAUUUUAAAAUGCUGAAGAGAGUUAAUGGUUAAUUUUUGUUAAGCAAUAUUACCAUGCUUAUUGCUAUAGGAUUAUCAUGAAUAUUUUUCUCAUCAGAGGCUGAAGUUCCUUGAUUUUGGUUAGGCUCCUGUACACGUUUAGUGUAAUGGGAAAGUUUAGUUGUAUAAGACUCAAAAUUUUGCAAUAGUUGCCAUAACAUGUGAAUGAUUGGUUAUUGCAUAUAUUUAUGGAUGCUGGAUUUUUUUUUUUUUUUUAUGAACCUGCUUAAACACAUGCCUCAUAUUUCUCCAGACUUGUUUGCAACAUGAGUCCAACUGCUUGUGAUCUGAAAAUAGGUUUAGGGGAAGUGUAAAUUUCUUAAAUUUUUAUUUCAAUUGUUUUUUGGCUCAAUAUCAAGUUUAGAAAAUUGAGGUGGAUGGAAGAUUAUUUCUUUAUUUCCUGCACCAAAAGGUAAUUAGUUUUACAAGAUCGUUUGGUGUGGUCAAGACAAAUGGAAAUAUAAAAAUGACAUUGAAAGUAUACUAUAAAAAAUUUAAAGUUGAGUGAGUUUUCAUUUCAAAUUUUUCACAAAUGUAAAGCUGGCAGUUUAAAAAAAAAAAAAUUUUUUUACAUACUCAUGUAUUUUCAUUGGGCAUUUAUUCAAGAUAAUUUUAAAUUCCCCAAAGGCAUAUAGUGAUUACAAAUGAAAGGUUCCCAGAGCAAAGUACCUGGAUAUAGAAACACCCGUGGUGCAUUUGGUUUGACGUUGUUACUGUAUAUACAUCGAUGUAAUAUUUUAAACACCAGUUACUCUUAGUUUGUAUUUUAUGCAGUUCAUUUAUAACAUAGGUUGGUAAAAUAAAGUAUUUCUGGAUAAAA